AUGGCCGUGACUAUCGCUGACAUAAUUGCCUCAUCACCACCCAUUGGCCCACCCGACAUCUCCCUUUCCUCCACCACAACCCUUAACAAACCAUGGCCAUCGCUCCUAUCACCGGCAAACUCAGAAAACGCUUUUGGCUCGACGUUGGCUGCGCCCUUGGCCUUGGUAUCUCUGCAGGAUACGCUUACUGUUGAACGCCAGGAGAACUUCUACAUCAAGCUUGAAAAGGAGAGGGCUGCCGCCGCCGCUGCUUCCUCAUAA